UUGCACUGCAGAGCGGUGCAAGAUGGGGAUAAUAAGGAGCAGCUUCUCAUUUCUACUGGGAGCUGGUUGCGGUAUUUAUGUUGCACAGAACUACAAUGUCCCCAACGUAAAGAAGCUCAUCAAUACUUAUAUUUUCGUGGCAAAACACAUAGAAGAAACCUAUAGGAAGCCUAAGAAAGACGAAGACUAGUCACAAGAAUUCAUUAGCUGAAGUCAUGCCAAUAAGGCCGAUUAUGGUCCACAUAACAAUACUUUCUUUGGUGAGCACAUGUACUUGUAAAAAAUCGUCGUCACCUCACGCUUAGUUUCAUUGGAUACUGAGCGCUUCAUUGCGGCUCUUCUCCUUUGAGGUUUUGUGGAUGGAAGACCUUGAAACUUAAAUGUAGCAGCUUAUUUUGUGUGGAUGAAAGAUUUGUAUGUUUGCAGCUCUCCGGGCCGGUUUA